AUGAUGCUGAGCUCAACGGGCGAAAAGCUAUAUGUUGGCGAAACGGCACACUUGUCGUUCUUGCAAUUUUUGCGGAAGACAUUGCGUCAGCAGAUGGGACCUACGCCUUUCACGGAAAGCGAGUUCUCAAACCAAAUGCUCGAGGUGGAUCUGGGAGAUUCACGUCUGGCUUCGAUAGACGAUCCGGAGCAACUGGGAGACAAGGACCAAAAACGAGCUCUUAUACAAUGCUACUUCGAAGCCUCGAGCGCGAUUCUGGACCUCUACACGAAGGAAGAAGUGUUCGAAUUUCUGCCAGAAACGGGUCUUUCACCAACGGUCAGUCAUGGCAGUGAUCGAUACCUACGCGACGAUCAUGCUGCACUGUGUUUGAUGCUUGCUAUUGGAGCACAAUGUCGAGGAGCCCGCGCUUCUGAUGCUGAUUACGCAAAGAAGUGCUUCGUACGUGGGCAACAGAUUGCUUUUGAGGGUAUGCUUUGCAACCCAAGCCUCAACAUGAUUCGUCUCUUCUUGUUGAUGUCAUUCUAUAUGCUCGGUGCAUGCCACAGAAACGCCGCAUUCAUAUAUCUCGGGGUUGCCUCGAAAGCUGCUUCGGCUCUGGGCCUUCAUGUGACGGAAGUAUACCGGCACAUGAAUAAAGACGAGCGGGACACUAGACUGCGGGCCUGGAAAAGUCUUCGAAAUCUGGACCUCAUUGUCUGCUCACUCCUUGGAAGAGCCGCGGGCUCAUUCGCGCAGCCUGAGUUGGAUCUUGAGGAAAAUGAAGAACAGCGGGUGUGCAAGCAGACGUUAGACGCAACAUUUCGUGUGUGCACGAUCAUCGAUGACCUGCAACAGGACUUUGCCAAAGGAGGCGUCACUGAUCUGGCAUUGGCAGAGGACUACUUGCAACGGCUUCGCGCAUGGAGUCAGGGAGUCCCCCCUGAGCUUCGACAAUUCACUAGCGCCAACGCUGCUACCACUGAUAGCGAGCACGUCAUUGGUGCGGUGCAUAUCUCGUGCAUCUAUUACUACGGCGUCAUUCUAGUGACGCGUCCGUUCUUGAUAUCUCAUCUUAUGAGCAAGCUGCGGAGGAACGGUACAGAAACGCCUCACACAGCCACGACAACCGGAGACCAGGAAAAGAUCACUAAAUUGGCUGACGCGUGCCUUAAUUCGGCCAUAUACAUGUCUCAGACUGGUUAUCAGGCCAUGGAAUCCGGAUAUCUGCUAGGCAACAUGUGUCUGCUGAAAGCAUGGACAUUUGCGGCAGGCUUAUUGCUCGGAUUCGCUCUGUUCGCGCAGAAUGAGGACAAUGCCGAGCUCGAGGACGCGUUCAAGCACACAGUUCUGGUCGAAAAGAUGAUUGCAAAUCUGUCACCACAGGCAGGGUUAUACGCGGACAUCCUGACGAAGUUCUCAGAUGCAAUCGAGAGACAUAGACGUCAGAUCAAGGACGAGCGUCGGCGCAUGACCAACGAGUACGUCGACCAGAUAUUCACCAUCGAUCUCGCACAGCAGCAAGGGUAUCCAAGUCCACAGUCUGGCAACGUCGACACCCAGGGACCCGCCACGAACAACAGUUACGGUGGUGAAGUGUCGUUUCCGCCAGAUAUGUUGCCAGGCAUAAGUGACCCGUCACCUCAUGAUCUGCCACUCGACUGGCAACCGUUCGGAAUGUUCUUUGAAGAUUUCUGGAUGAACCAGCCUGAUCCGAGCGUAGGCAUACUUUUUGGGUGA